UGCCAACACUGCACAAGCUCGCGGAAUCCGUCCGCGAGCACGGCUACACUCUCAGCAACUCUGUGCCAACACUGCGCAAGCUCGCGGAUGGAUUUCGCGAGCAUGGCUACACUCUCAAUAACUCUGUGCCAACACUGCACAAGCUCGCGGAAUCCGUCCGCGAGCACAGCUACACUCUCAGCAACUCUGUGCCAACACUGCGCAAGCUCGCAGAUGGAUUUCGCGAGCAUGGCUACACUCUCAAUAACUCUGUGCCAACACUGCACAAGCUCGCGGAAUCCCUCGCGGAAUCCGUCCGCGAGCACGGCUACACUCUCAAUAACUCUGUGCCAACACUGCACAAGCUCGCGGAAUCCGUCCGCGAGCACAGCUACACUCUCAGCAACCCUGUGCCAACACUGCACAAGCUCGCGGAAUCCGUCCGCGAGCACGGCUACACUCUCAGCAACUCUGUGCCAACACUGCGCAAGCUCGCAGAUGGAUUUCGCGAGCAUGGCUACACUCUCAAUAACUCUGUGCCAACACUGCACAAGCUCGCGGAAUCCGUCCGCGAGCACAGCUACACUCUCAGCAACUCUGUGCCAACACUGCACAAGC